AAAGAAAAGGCAUGGGGAGAAGUAAUGCUACAUCAGCGGUGACAGAUUUCAUUCUACUGGGCCUCUUCGCAGAGUUUGGAUAUCCAGGCUUCCUUAUCUCCAUCGCCCUCCUGACCUACGUCGUCGCCCUCGUGGGAAACGCGGUCCUGAUCCUCCUGAUCUUGGCGGACUUCCGGCUCCACACCCCCAUGUACUUCCUGCUCAGCCAGCUCUCCCUCAUGGACGCCACCUUGAUCUCCACCACCGUCCCCAAGAUGGCCACCAACUUUUCCUUAAGGACAAGGGCCAUUUCAGGAGUGGGCUGUGGAGCUCAGAUCUUCUUCUCCCUGACCGUAGGGGGAGCCGAGUGCCUCCUGCUGACCCUCAUGUCCUACGACCGCUACGUGGCCGUCUGUCACCCCCUACGUUACCUGGUCCUCGUGAGCCAUCAAGUCUGCCUGCGGAUGAUCCUCGGAUCCUGGAUAGGGGGCAUUGCGAAUGCCCUGGUCCUAACCGUUUCCACUAUGCAAGUCCCGAUAUGUCAGCCCAGGGUGCUCCACCAUUUCUUCUGUGAGAUCCCCGCCAUCCUGAAGCUCUCCUGCGAGAAUACCUCAGCCUACCAGCUGACUGUCUUUGUCCUGGGCAUCGUGUUUAUGCUCACCCCUUUCUCGCUCAUCGUGGCCUCCUAUGCCUUCAUCUUCCUCUCCAUCCUGCGCAUGGACUCCCGGGAGGGGCGGAAGAAAGCCCUGGCCACCUGUUCUUCUCACCUCACCGUGGUCACCCUCUACUUCGGUCCCACCAUGUUCAUCUACAUGAGGCCGGACUCCUUCCGCAGGCCCGAGCAGAACCAGGCUCUCUCCGUGUUCCCCACCAUCCUCACCCCAGCUCUGAACCCCCUCAUCUACAGUCUGAGGAACAAGGAGGUGUUGGGGGCUAUGACCAAAGUCUUUUUAAGACGGUCUGAAUCGGGGAAGUACCGGGGAGAAAUGCCAGUUAUUUUUCCUGAGUUGGAAUGUCAAGUCAACACCACCGUCCCUUCAUCCAUCUUCACCACUGAUGGGUGUAUGUACGUAUAUCAGAACGAGCAAAGGGAGCUGAAGAAAAUUGCCACUUUCCAGGGCACGAGGCUCAUCAGGUCUGAGGGAAACCAGCAGGCAGGCGGUAGAUUAGAGAAACAGCUGCAAGGGGCCCUGGCUGGUAGCACCUGCAGAAUCAAAAUCUCCAUCUUCCCCUCUCCUGGAAGGAAAGUGAGUUCACCUCUGAAAAAUUUACUGGGGCGAAGGGAUCCUCAACAUACUCGUACCCUAUUGCAUUCUGUGUAUUGUUGUGAAACUCCCGCUGGUUUUGUGGAAGAAAAACUUCCCAGACUCUGUGUAUUCGAGCUGGCAUAUCAGAGAUAA